GUCCAUUUUUCUUGACACGCGCAAUGGGGAAAGACCAAGAGCCAUCUUGGUUGGAAAGCCGACGGGAUGACCGGCUCGAGAGUAACUUUUGUUCAAAACAGGAAAAGCUCUCUUUCUUGGCAUCGAUAUUACAGGAAAAAAAAUAUGGGGCAUCUCAUGCUUGGGUUGGCUGUUAUAGCAGCAAUUUUGAUACCACCGAUCAUUGCGGCUCCGGAAGAGCCUACUUCAACAAGUUCUUAUUUGACGCAGUCUGAUAGAAUACAUCUGAAAACAGUAAUUGAACCUGGUUUCAAAUUUAGCGACGUUGAAACAACGUUUUACGCCGUAAUUGGCUACCGCUUACUUGGGGAACCAAUUCCAAAGACUAAGGAAAGCUGCGAGUAUCUCUUAGCAGAAGCAAACAAAGGAGAAGCAAGCCCUGAGGAUAUUUAUUACAUAGUUACAGCAUGGAGAGCGUUAGGAUCAUGUCAGCCUGUGCCUACAGCCAAACUUGCGCAGAUAUUGACAAAAGUAAUCGAGAAGGAAACUUCAACGAUUCCAGAACUGUACUUUGCAACUUCGGCCCUCGUAACCCUGUCUCAGAAAAUGUCAGCAGCUACGGUUUCUAAACUGGUGAAACUCGUUCAGGCUGCCCUAAAAAAAGAUGAUAGCAUUCAAAACUUGGGAUACACUUUCCACAUUGCUUCGUUUUUGGGGCAAGAGGGAAAAUUCGCUUGGGAUAAAAUUCCUGAUGCAGUCGUUCAAGCUGAUGAAACCAAUGGCCGACUUUUACAUUUCGAAGGCGGGCUUCCUGUUACAAGUUUGGUGAUCGAUGGCAUUGCAAGAUUAUCGACUUCGCUGAAGGAACCUCCAUCCGUAAAGGACCACCAAAUUGUCAAAUUGGCGAAUUAUCUUUUAUCUCGGCACUCUGUACAAACACCAAAAGGCGUCGUAAAACUUCUCUCAGCAUUGACGACUCUCGCAAACAACGAGCUCAACAAACCUGUUUCCAUAAGUCUUGCCGAAGGAGGAUUAAUUGUUUCACCCGAACAACCACUCGUUAAAGUCAAAGUAUGCGAUAUUCUCGGCCGCCCUUUGCCAACAACUCCUGUCGUCGUUGCCAAUUCAGCGACGCGAGUCGAGGACGACGUCGUUGUUAUAAGCAAGAGAAAUUUCGAAGCUUCUCCAACGGAUAAGACAUUGUUCACGAUGAAUCUCAUGGAAAUCAAACCCCAUCGUGGUUUUUACAAAAUAGCGAUUUCGGCUGGAAAAGUUUCCAACGUCGUAUCGGUGAAGGUUCUUUCCGAAGUACGAGUCGAUUAUCUCGAGAUCGGAACCGGCGAUGCCGAUCAAACAACUCAACCGAAACUCGUCAAAGUUGCUUAUCCACAAAAAUUGGCUGAAAAGAUUGAAGCUGAUUCGCAACAAAAACUCGUCAUUAGAUUCUUGUUGCGGGAUUCUGCGAACGAGAAACCGAUGCGAGUCCAUCAAGCUUUCGUCCGUUUGUACUCGGUGUCAAGCACAAAGCAAGGUCGCGAAAUCCAUUUUGUGGCCGAGCCAGAUGCAUCUCAUGUGUAUAAAUUCGAUAUGCCGGUUGGAUCAGCGGCACAAACUUUUGGUUAUCAAAGCGGUGAUUACAACGUCGAAUUGAUUGUGGGUGACGCGACACUCAGCAACUCCUUUGCGUGGCCGCUGGCAAGCGUGAGUCUCAAAUUCCCAGAACCUUCGGGCUCGGAAGUUGCAGCUGCAAAAAAACCGUCGGCGUACAAACAAAAACCGAACAUCUACACACCAAAACCAGAAAUUCAGCACAUGUUCCGCGAACCCGAGAAAAGGCCACCGGUCUUCGUGUCCAAUCUCUUUACUGGACUAUGCCUUGCACCCAUUUUCCUCCUGCUUGGACUCUGGGCGAAGCUCCGAGUGAAUAUUUCCAAAUUUCCAUUUUCUCUCAGCGCCAUCGUUUUCCAUCUAGGGUUAGCUAGUAUUUUCAUUCUCUUCGGAAUUUUCUGGCUGAGACUCGACAUGUUCGUAACUCUGCGAUACCUUCUUGGCCUUGGUGUCGUAACGUUCUUGGCUGGAAGCAAAUUGUUAUCGCAAAUAGCUCAGAGUCACAAGUCAUCUCGCUAAUUACCGCCGAAUAUAUUUUUUCCCUCGUAUUCUGUUUUAUUUUUCACAUACACUCGAGUUAAACUCAAAUAUCACCAUCUUUUCGAAGCUCAUCAAAACUGAGAAUGAUAAAGCGAGAAGAAACCAACGUCCAAUGGUGCAUUCUAGUCCCAAUUCAAAUCUAAAGAGCGAUUUUUUAAUUAUGGGAACAUUCCGUCUAGAGCUCUUCUUACGGCUUCAUUGACAGUGCCCAAAAGAACUGAUUAAGAAUGCAACUAAGAAAAAGUACCGAAAUUCGUACGAGAAAAAUUUCCAAUUUUCUUAUGUCCAACCUGUAGCAAGUAAGAGAAACGUAUGUGGAGUUAUCAAGCAAUGUUUUCCUGUUGGAAAAGUUUUUCAAUAAAAGAAAGCCCCGAAAGUAACUGCAAUUACGUUUACGAACGAAAUAAAAUAGACUUUUUUUUAUUGAUUUCUCGACUACAAUAUUUCUUGACAUCGAAUUGUUACGACAAAAUAUUUCGACUCGAGAUUUUCAUAGAAGAGGCAAGAAUUCUGAUAACUUUAAACUAAGCAUAAUACAGAGGUGUGAAUAAUUUGCGCUAUAAUAAUUAAAUUAUGUACGGCUACUGUGAAAUUUUUCGAUAAAUAAACACUUGUUAAAUUCCGUA